AUGAAGGACGGUUUUUCGAAGCUCUAUGCUGCAGUGCCUUUGCUGGCAGCCAGCGGAGCUUUCACACAGUUCGUACCUGCACCUACCGACUUGACGACCAAGGAAGAAUACGCAGGUAUCAACGUGCGAUACAAGCAGGUUCCUGGGGUCAUUUGCGAGCUUGAUCCCAAUGUCAAGAGCUAUUCAAAAUACGCCGAUGUCGAAAACGACCAACACAUCUUCUGUUGGCUCUUCGAAGCACGCAAUCAGGAUGCAAUUGAGGCGCCAUUGACCAUUAACGGUGGCCCUGGAUCAUUGUCCAUGAUUGGCCCAUUCCAAAAACUUGGACCAUGCGGCGUUGGGCCAGAUCUGAAGUCUUUCAACAACCCAUACUUCUGGUCCAAUGCGAGCAACAUGCUUUUCAUCGAUGAGCCUACCACUGUCGAUUUCUCGUACUCGAUUCCCAUCCAGGCUAUAAAGUACCAAGCUUACCACAACUUCUCCGUGUUCCCGGGUAAUACAUACGAUUACGACCCAUACAAUGCGUCCGUCAAGGCCGAAUGGAACAACUUGUACGGAGAAGGCAACUGCUUUGAUCAGACCAAGCAUUGCUGUGCCACUGGACAGAACUCUAUUUGUGCCCGCACAGAGGACUUUUACGCAAACAAGGUCGAGAAUCUGUAUGACAUCUGCAGUGGACGAGACGAGUACGACAUGCGCUACCUGACGCCAGACCCCUUCCCGUACUCCUACUACGUCGAGUACCUCAACACACCAGCAGUGCAGAAGGCUGUUGGCGCAUUCCAAAACUUCUCUGAGAGCUCAAGCACAGUAUCGUCAGCGUUCGACAACAAUGGCGACGACGAUAACCGCGAGUUUGGCACUAUCGAAGCAUGCAAGAAGCUACUGGCUGCUGGUGUGCAGGUCAUGCUGUACUACGGCAUUACUGACUACAAUUGCAAUUGGCUUGGUGGACAGGUAGUUUGCCGAUGA